AUGUCUACUACUGUCUUCAUUUCAGGUGCUACUGGGUACAUUGCCCAACAUACUAUCAAGCAAUUUCUUGACCACGGCUACUCGGUCAUUGGCAGUGUGAGAUCACAUGCCAAGGGUGAGAAGUUGUUGAAGUCCUUCGACAACUCCCGCUUGAGCUACGUGGUUGUGGCCGAUAUCCAACAGGAAGGUGCCUUCGACCAAGCCUUGAAGGACCACCCUGAAAUCACCGGUUUCCUCCACACUGCAUCGCCAUUCCACUUCUCUACCGACGACCCAGAAAAGGAUCUCUUGAUCCCUGCCGUCAAGGGUACCACCAACGUGUUGAGGGCCAUUGCUGACCACGGAGCCAACAUCAAGAAGGUGCUUGUGACCUCCUCGUACGCUGCUAUGAUGACUUUUGGUGACGAAAUGAACCCAUCGUACGUCCGUGAUGAACUGUCAUGGAACGACCUCAAGUGGGACGACGCCAAGCAGAACGCCAUUGCUGGCUAUGUUGGCUCCAAGGCAUUUGCUGAGAAGGCUGCUUGGGAAUUCCUCGAAAUGGAGAAGCCAGGCUUCCAAUUGGCUACCCUCAACCCAGCAUACGUCUUUGGCCCACAACUCUUCGACGAAGAAGUCAAGGGUACCCUCAACACUUCGGCCGAGAUGAUCAACCAGAUCUUGAAGUUGACUUCCGCUGACGUUGUGCCCAAGGAGUCUGGUGCAUUCUUGGAUGUCAGAGAUGUCGCCAAGGCACAUCGUGUUGCUUUCGAAAAGGACGAGGCCAACCAACACAGAUUGUUGUUGCAAAAUGGAAGAUUCACUUCUCACGUUAUUCGUGACAUCAUUGCCAAAAGGUUCCCACAAUUGGAAGGCCGUCUUCCUCAAGGAGCUGCCGAGUCACUGGCUAAGAUUCUUAGCAGAUACUGCAAGUUGGACGAUUCCAAGACCCGUAAGGUCUUAGACUUCGACUACUUUACUUUGGAACAAAGUAUUUACGAUACUGUCAAGCAAAUCGCCGUUGCCAACAACUGGUGA